GAGUGGGAUGAGCAGAGCAGAUGCUGCAAUGAGAUGCCAAAGCGGCUCCCCUUCCUCUGUGCCUUGGGUGCCUAUAAAUUGCUCCGGCGCGCGUUUGUCAGCCUCCUCUUCUCCUGGCAGGUGGUACCCAGGCAGAAUUCUGCCUUCAGUCUCUCUCUCGCUCCGCUCCCGGCCGUGAGGCGCUCGCCGCUGCUCGCUCGCUCCUCCGCCCCAGCCCAGAGCCUCGCCGAGCCGCCCGUGCCCGCCGCCGCCGCCUCUGGGUGCACCCCGGGGACGCCCGGGCCCGCGCGGGGCUUUGGGGUGCGCGUCUAUUCGAGUUGUGGUGGUGGCAAAGAAGGAAGAGAGAAAGGAGGCAGGAAAAAAAAAGGCAGCGGACGGGCGAACUGAGCGAGCGAAAGAAGAGGAGGAGGAGGCAGAAAAAGGCAACUUCAGACGGAAAGUUGGUGCGAACUGGCGCAGUCUGCAAAAACGGAAAAGUCGAUCGCGGGCGGCGGCGGCAUAAAAGUGUGAGCGGCCCGGGCGAGCGCAGGAGGCGGCGGCUGGCUCUGCCCUCCCGGUGGCCGCGCCGGCGCCGGCGGCAGCCACAGGUGCGAAGGAGCUCGCGGGAGGCGAGGGAGCCCCGCGCACCCCUCCCCCGGCCCCCACCCCGGGCUCGGGACUUCGGCUCAAGUCACUAGGCGCCCGCGCUCCCUCCCCAGCCGCAGCCUCCGCGGGGGGAGCAGGAGUCGGCAGCAGCGGCCGGCGCGCGCCUGCCCAGGGGAGUUGGGGUUCGCAGGGGGUUGUUUUCGGCUCUGAAGAGGUCCCCGCCCAACCUUCAAAAUUUUGUCCAAAAGCAGACAAGAGGAUCGCCCCGCGCUGAGCCGGCUGGUGGGCAGCAGGAGGCGCCUGAUCGCCGCCGGGGCGCUGGGGGUGGUGAUGGUGCUGCUGCUGGUGAUCCUCAUCCCGGUGCUGGUGAGCUCGGCCGGCACGUCGGCGCACUACGAGAUGCUGGGCACCUGCCGCAUGGUCUGCGACCCCUACGGGGGCACCAAGGCGCCCAGCACGGCCGCCACGCCCGACCGCGGCCUCAUGCAGUCCCUGCCCACCUUCAUCCAGGGCCCCAAAGGCGAGGCCGGCCGGCCCGGGAAGGCGGGUCCGCGCGGGCCCCCCGGAGAGCCAGGGCCGCCGGGCCCCAUGGGGCCCCCGGGCGAGAAGGGUGAGCCGGGCCGCCAAGGCCUGCCAGGCCCGCCCGGGGCUCCCGGCCUGAACGCGGCCGGGGCCAUCAGCGCCGCUACCUACAGCACCGUGCCCAAGAUCGCCUUCUACGCCGGCCUCAAGCGGCAGCACGAAGGGUACGAGGUGCUCAAGUUCGACGACGUGGUCACCAACCUCGGAAACCACUACGACCCCACCACCGGCAAGUUCACCUGCUCCAUCCCGGGCAUCUACUUCUUUACCUACCACGUCCUGAUGCGCGGAGGGGACGGCACCAGCAUGUGGGCUGAUCUCUGCAAAAACAACCAGGUGCGUGCUAGUGCGAUUGCCCAAGAUGCUGAUCAGAAUUACGACUAUGCCAGUAACAGUGUGGUUCUUCAUUUGGAGCCGGGAGACGAAGUCUAUAUCAAAUUAGAUGGCGGGAAAGCCCAUGGAGGAAACAACAACAAAUACAGCACGUUUUCUGGAUUUAUUAUUUAUGCUGACUGAUGAUGAUGCAGAAACUAAGCUUAUUGUUCUGAGUUUGAACAAUGGAUUCGUAUGGCUAACGUCAGUGAAUCAAGGAUCCCAAGGGAUGCCAAUUGCGGGGCACCUCAGUUGUGUAUAUGUGGGGAAAUCAAAUGCUACCUGACUCACAUCUGUAUCACUCAGAAACAUUAUGUAAAAAUAUCAAAGCAAGAUAAACAGAUGUGUGAUCCACAACCGCCAAAGCAAAUACUCCUAUCGUUAGUGUCCAUGUGAAUGAAGUCCUAUAUAGAUCACAAAUUUUUAUAGACAAAUCUAAGACAUUGAAUUAUUUCUUCAAUAUAUAUGAUACUUUGGUGUACUGUGAUCUUGCUGCUUUUAUCCAUAUGUCAGCUUUGGUUCUUGUGAGUUUACCUGCUUAUUAUGAUACUUGGAGUCCAUUCAUAGUGUGGGGAAGAACGAUUUUUACCCUGCAGGAGAAGGUCUAAUUGAAAUAAUGCUGCUUGUCCCCAAAGAAAUUGUUUGCCUUGUACUCUUGUUAACUUUAGAGCUAGACCUGGGAAUGAUUCAACUUCAAGCCUUAACCUGGAAUUUUCUGGAUUUGAGGGAAUUCCCAAGCCUAUGAUCAUUUUCACAUUUUCUUUUUCUUGUAUGAAUUUUCUUUUCUCUCUUUUCUGGUGAUAGUCUUUAAAAAUAGAGAUUGACAGUGUAUCAUAGGAUUACCCUGCAAGUGUGAAAAUGUGUAAUUAUGUACGGUAUUUAGAAAAAGCCCUUAUGUGUCCAUUUUGUCAACUGAAUACAUUUAGAUUCACUGGGAAAGUCAGAGAAAUGCAUUCUUCAGUAUCAAAUCAAACCAAGGCUUUUGCCAUCUUUGGAAGAAAAGAUUAUUCAUAACCCAAUGCACAAAGGUUUAAUUUGAGCUGCUGCAUAUGUCACCAAGGGGACACUAGGUAAAGCCUUCAAAUGGUUACUACAAGUCUGUGGCCUGAGGUUAUUUCAAAAUUAACAAUUUCACAUAUAACCAAUAUGACAACAGAGUGUUUAUAUUUUAUACAAGUAUCUGCUACACACACUCACACACACACACACACGUUAGAUGAAAUGUUUUAUAUACACAUAAAACAUGUAUACAUAUGUGGCUUUAUUCUAUAGGGUACAGUGGCUGUACUGCCUCAAAAUUUUAAUAUAAAAAGUAUAUGCAUAUAUAUAUACACACAAACCUGCAUAAAUUAUUUAACUUCUUUUGGGUUGAAAGAUAUUUUGAAUGACAACAUGUGAAGUAGCAAAAACAAUUAAAAUGGAUUCUCUUUAAGAGUUCUCCAGAAAAUUAAUUUUAUGAGGUUAAAAUGCCCUUUAUUUCACAGGUCUGUAAGGUAAGGCUAUGGUUACUGUAUGACCAUACGCCAAUCAAUACUGUAACUGCAUUCCAUGGCAGACUGUUAAUAGGAGGACUGCAGAUGCCAAGUGGCUCUCCUUCGCAGUGUUUAUGAAUUACAUGCAUUGGAGCUAUCAUUUUUUUUCUUUUUUCUCAGGUGGAUUUAAGCUGACAGUACAGUAGAUUUGGAGAGUAAUACAAAUCCUUUCUUUCUGGUUAGAACACACUGCCAAAAGCCAUUUCUUUCAUCUAAGGAAAAGAUUAAAAAUGCAUGUUGAUAUCUCCUAACUAUCACACAACUUCCACGAUUACAAUGAAAAAUCUGUUACCCUUCCAAUUGCCUUUGAAGACUCUUUGACAAGUAGAUUUCAAAAACAGAGAUUUAAAAAAAAAAUCUGCUUGCUUUACUGGUGAGGACAUUUGCAUUUUUUAUUUAAAGGAAUUAAUUUGUUCUCCUGGCUCCUUCCUCUUUGGUACUUUCUAUUCCAAUACACAGAAAGCCUCAUCAUCUUUGAGCAGCAGAAAUAUCUUUUAUUUACCGAAGCUCAACUUUCCAAGAGGUAUGCAUGGUGUUCCUAUCUGAAGGUGAUGUUAGCUCUGUUGAAAUGCCUGGGUCUGAGUAACUGUCAUGAUUUAUAUGAUUAAAAACAGACACUUCAUCAAGAAUAAUGACUAAUUCUAAUUGGCCUUUGUGAUAGGUAAGAUAACUCAUAAAUGAAUCACAAUGGAUUUUAUUUCAAAUUAACAAUAUAUAUUUAUCAAAGAGGAAUUGGCAGCAAGGGUUUGGAUAAUAUUUGUAGGUUCCAAAUAGCAUAGUGAGGAUUCAACCAAAAGAUUAAUUUAUAAGUAGCAGUCAGUGCCCAUCACCUAAGUGUUUUAACUAAGAGUUUUUAAAAAUGCUUUAUUUACACAAACUAUCAGGGCUGGAUACCUUUUAAAGAGUAGGCUCUAGUAUCGAGCUGUCAUUUCCAAUAGAUCUGACCUUUUCUUCAGAUAAAUAAGCAUGAUUUUCUCUGUGUAGGGCCAAGGAAAAACAAAAGGUAAAGGAAAUAAAGGGAAUAUAUAUAAGGCAAACAUUUCUCUUUUUUUUUUUUGCAUUAUAUCUUAUCAAUUAAUUAAAUUGUGGCCUUUGUUAUUAUAAAUGUAAUGAUUCAUUAAACUAUAUUAUGUAAUAUA